GACAUUUAAGUUAUGAAACUGAACUAGAUUAGAAGAUUACUACUGAGGGCAAAAUCCUUAAUUGUUUGUUGAAGUAAUUCAUAAAAUGUGCAUCGGUAGGGUUUAAGUUAUGGAAAUUGAUCUUCAAUUGCCUUCGAAAAAGUUAGAUGUGUAUGUGGAUACAAAUGCUAUUGAUGAUUCAAUUCAAAGUCAUGUCGGGGAAGAGAAUGCUGAUAGAAGUGGCAAUGGGAUAGGUAUGGAUAUUGUUGAUGUUGAUAUUAUAGAUAAGGGAAUAGAAAAGGGUAUAGAAUUUGAUACAAAGGAGGCUGCAUAUUCUUACUACAGGGAAUAUGCAAGGUCAGUGGGAUUUGGCAUCACAAUAAAGGCUAGUCGUAGGUCAAAGAAGUCGGGGAAAUUUAUUGAUGUGAAGAUUGCUUGUUCUAGAUUUGGGACCAAGCGUGAGUCUGGUAGUUCUCGAUCAUGUCCCAAGACUGAUUGCAAGGCCAGUAUUCAUAUGAAGAGAAAGCAAGAUGGAAAAUGGUAUAUACAUAGUUUCAUGAAGGAGCAUAAUCAUGAAAUUUGCCAGGAUGACUUUUAUUACUCUGUCAAGGGUAGGAGCAAGAAAUCUGCCGAUGUUGUUUACCAGAAAAAAGGACUGCAGCUCGCGUUGGAUGAGGGGGAUUUGGAACUGCUGCUUGAUACUUUAGCACUUAUGCAAGCCGAGAGACCUAAUUCUUACUAUGCUAUAGACUCUAUGAGAAAUGUGUUCUGGAUUGAUGCAAAAGGUAGAAAUGAUUAUGUCCAUUUUUGUGAUGUAAUUUAUUUGGACACAUAUUACAUCAGAAACAAGUAUAAAGUCCCAUUUUUACCCAUCAUAGGGGUCAAUCAUCAUUUCCAAUUUUUGUUGCUUGGAUGUGCCUUGGUUGGGGACGAAUCAUCAACAACAUUUUCUUGGUUGAUGCGCACUUGGCUUAGAGCUGUAGGUGGCCAAAGUCCUAGAGUCGUUAUUACUGAUGAUGACAUUUCCCUGAAAGAAGCAGUAGAGGAGGUCUUCCCUAAGGCACAACAUUGCUUUUGUUUGUGGAAUGUAAUGGGAAAAGUUUCUCAAAAUCUUGGUAAUAAGAUAACUAAGCCUGAAGAUUUUGUAAAGAAGUUGAAGAAAUGCAUGUGGUUUCCACUUAAAGAAGAAGAAUUUGAAAAAAGAUGGUGGAAAAUGGUCGAUUCAUUCAAACUGAGGGAUGAUGACUUGAUUCGGUCAUUGUUUGAAAAUCGAACAAAAUGGGUUCCAGUGUACAUGAGGAAUACUUUCUUGGCUGGACUCUCUACAGUUGAGCGGUCUGAAAGUGUAUCCUCCUUCUUUGAAAGGUACAUUUCCUCUGAGACUGAAUUCAAAGAGUUCAUUGGUCAAUACAAACUAUUCGUGCAUGAGAUGUAUGAAGAGGAAGCAAAAGCUGAUAUUGAAUCACGUCAUAGACUACCUACCAUAAAAACUCUCUCUCCUUAUGAGAAACAAAUGUCCACUGUCUAUACAAACUCAGUAUUCAUGAAAUUUCAAGCUGAGGUUUUUGGCGUUGCUGCUUGCACUAUUCUGAAUGAAGGUGAAGAGGGAGCAGAAAAGUUGUAUAGGGUUAAUGACCGUAAAAAACACCAGAGUUUUAUGGUAUCCUGGUGUGCAAGAGAUUCUUGCAUCGUCUGUUCAUGCCAUUUCUUUGAGUAUGCAGGUAUUCUUUGUAGACAUGCAAUUACGGUUCUUCAAGUAUCUGGUGUCCCCAAUAUCCCCGCUCUGUAUAAAUUAGAGCGGUGGACACGAGAGGCAAAAACUAAAGGGACAGCAUGUGGGAUUCCACACAACCCUCGUUACAGGAUCCAACGUCUCAAUGAUCUUUGCAAACUUGCUGCCAAAUUUGGCGAAGUUGGAUCAUUAUCCUGGGAAACCUAUGAAUCAGCUGUAAUCACACUCCAAGCUGCAUUGCAUGACUGUGUCAAUGCAAACAACUCUGUGAAGAGUGCAUUAGUCUCUAACAUUUCAUUUUCUCAAUGCGAUACUAACUUUAACGAAGAGAUUCAAGGUGGUAGCAUGGCAAAGUCAUCAAAGAGAAAGAAAGUACAGAAGAAGCGCAAGGUUCAAUCUAACGUUGAAGUACUAUCUACCAGGAUCCAAGAUAGCAACCUGCAGAUGGAUCAAUCAAACUCAAAACUACCAACUCAUGAAGAUGCUUUCCAUGCUCAGAGGCAUGUACAAGGAAUGGAUCUAAGCUCCAGAAUGGCAACUAUUGAGGGAUACUAUGCUCCUCCUCAUCAGAGCGUUCAUGGAUCGGGCCAGUUGAGUUCAUUUUCUAUGUUACAAGAUAGUUAUUGCAGCAAUCAUCAAGCCUCACACAGUGUUCUGGGAAACUUGAAUUAUAUAUCAGCCCACGGUGGUCAUUACUCUCCUCAAAGUAUUCAAGGACUGGGACAGCUUAGCUUCAGAGCACCACUAGUGCGUCCUUCUUUCAACAUUCAGGGAAAUUCAUCUGAUAUGGCACAUUUUAUUUACUCAAUAUUUUGUUAUUUCGUGUUUAGUGUGAGUUCAAAUUUCACUCUUGCUCCCUACUGUAGGACAAUUCAACCAGUGUCACAGGAAAACAUUAGCAGGAUUAGUGUUCCUCUCUGCUGGAUUGGAAAGAAUGCUUAA